GUGGAUACAGCCCAACAUUCACAAAUACACCGAUGAAAGUGAGACGUGUUCAUUACUCAGACUGAGGAUGGCAGAAGCUGAUCUCAGAAAUUAUGAGUUAUCCCAACUGCAAGCCGAAGUCGAGCAGGAGAGAGAGGUCAAGGAGAUGUUAAAGGACUCCGUGUCUGACCUGAGGAGCACACUGGCUGAUUUGGAGAAGAGACUUCACAGUGUUGACGGAGAAGAGAACGAGUGGAGAACCAGAUAUGAGACACAGCUGGAACUGAACGAGCAGCUGGAGAAACAAAUCAGUGUCGUUCAAGAGAGACUCGAGACGCUCCGCGGUGACCCCUCAGAUCGACUGGCUUCUGUUCGCUCAUAUGAUGAAAUGUCAGAGGAUGCUCUCAGACAGAGGCUGAAAUUGCUGUCUACAGAGAAGUGCGGUCUUCAAUCCCAACUGAAGGACUUCCAAAUAAGAAUUGUGCAGGAAGGAAAGGCUUACCAGAAAGUCUACGAAGAGAGGCGGGCGUAUCUUGCAGAGAUUGCAAAGCUGUCUUCAAUGCUGGAUAUGAGCAGAAAGCAGCAGAUGGUUCAAGCCCGGAGGAAAGCGCUGGGUCCAGACAAAACAGGCCAGGAGAGUAUGAGGCAACAUUCAAGUAUGAUGAAGGGAUCUUUCAAAAAAGCACCAGCAAGCAGUCGACUCCCUCGAUUAAAACAUUAAUGCAGUUCAGGGAUCUUCAAUAGGGCGUCCAUCAAUUAUUGUUAUAUUAUUUUUGUCAAAGUGUU